UAAGCACUCACAAGAGAUAGUCGCUUUUAUUUGUGACACGGUGGUUUAAGUAUAUUUUGCUUUUGAUACCUUUAUUUUAAUCGUGUAAUGCAUUCAAUACGUUCACAGUUCUAAGAAACAAAGUGUUCGAUUGCAAUGGUUUCCUUUGUAGGAAUGUUAACGACCGUUAUUUUUCUGCUAUUUUCUAUUCGUACAAUAAGAUCUUCUGCAGGUUCUAAUAAUGCCAACAGAAUUUCACGGCUGGAGAAAUUUGUUGAAACGCAGAAUGCCGAGAUUAUAUUAUUGAGGAACGAAGUUGCCGAGGUUAGAGUUUUGAAGAACAAAGUAAAGUUUUUGGAAAAACAGAAUUCAGAUUUAAUGUUUUUCAAAGAGAAUGUUAAAACACAUCGUGCGGAAAUGCGAGAUAUGAAGGAAGAAGUAAGGAGACAAAAGUUAAAAACUCAACAUUUAGAAACUCAAUUACGAAUUAUUCAAUUACAUUUUAAAGACACUGGUCAUUCGACAACUAUACCGAACCAAGGCAAAACAUUCGAAAAUAAAAUAAAUAAGGAAACACAUAGGAAAGAGGUUGAUAUAGAUACAUUUCGAAAGGAUCCUGAAGUUGCAUUAAGAAAGCAAGAUCGAAUGUUACUUACUAGUCCAGUUGUCGAUACAUCACAGAAGAUCGCAUUUUACGCAUACCUAACAAAAACCGAAGUCGACCCAGGUCACCAUCAUACCAUUAUAUUUGAUACUGAAAUUACUAAUUCUGGAAACGGAUACAACAAGCAUACCGGAACAUUUUUAAUCCCUGCUGAAGGUAUUUACGUCUUUUCUUUUACCAUAGUUUCGUAUCAUGGACACAGGGUUCCGACAGAACUAGUAGUGAAUAGUAACGUUGUAGGUUCUGUUACAGCUGACAGCUAUUCAAGUUCCCUUUAUCCAGUUGCUUCAACAAUAGUUAUUGUUAAUUUGAAACAAGGGGAUGCAUGUUUUCUUCGAACUGCACCAGAUCAAAGUUAUGACAUUGGAGACAUAUGGAGCAGUGGUUGGUCUAGAUCAUCAUUUUCUGGUUGGAAACUUUAAUAAAGUGAACUGAAAUUGAUGACUUUUCGUUAAAUUAAUUUUCAUUUUAAGGUAUGAUAUCACACCUUUGAUAAAAUAGUUUGGUUUAUUUAGUUGAUUUUAUUUUUACUUUGACCUUUUGACGAAAAAAUUCAAAAUUCAAAAUUUAAACCACAAACUUUUGCGACUUUAUAAAAAAAAACAUUUUAAUUACUAUCUAGCACUUUGACA